ACAUUCAUCCCGAGACGAAGAAGAAGCGUAGACGAAGGCUUGAAUGUAGCAGCAUGGAUGACACCACAGAAGACCCCCAUGUCUGUGAAAACAUCUCAGACGAGGAGGAGGACAACUGCUCAGACAACGAUUUUGGACCUUCAAAGCUGGGAACCAAACAAUAUUGGGAAGACACGUACCAAAAAGAGCUUGAGACGUUCAAAGACAUCGGCGAUGUUGGUGAGAUAUGGUUUGGUGAGGAAAGCAUGACACGUGUGCUGCGAUGGAUGGACAAAGUGAAGAUCCCAGAAAAAGCUUCCAUACUAGACAUCGGCACAGGAAAUGGAGCCUUUUUAGUUGAACUGGCAAGACACGGAUACAAGAAUCUGAUGGGAAUAGAUUAUUCUCCUGCAUCUGUAGAAUUGGCCAGAAAUGUGUUGCAGGCAGAGGGUUUGACAGAUGUCACUGUGAAGGAGAUGGAUUUCUUAAACUGUCACGGGGAGCUAAAGGAUUUUGAUGUCUGCAUUGACAAGGGGACAUUUGAUGCGAUAAGCCUAAACCCUGACAAGGCCGAAGAGUGCAAAAGACUCUACAUCCAAGCUUUAAAAGAUGCUCUCAAGGACCAAGGAAUCUUUGCUAUCACUUCCUGUAACUGGACAAAAGAGCAGCUGCUAAACAGAUUCAGUGAAGGAUUUCAGUUUGUGCAGGAGUUGCCAACACCCAGUUUCCAAUUUGGAGGCAAGAUGGGCAACAGUGUGUCAGCGCUCAUCUUCAAGCGAGUAAAAUGAUUUUCAUGUCCCCAGAAAAUUGUCCCACUGUUUUUUCUUUUACUAUCUCUGUACAUUUUUUACACAAGCUCUUGGAGUGGAGUAAUGAGGCAGACGUGCGCUGCUUUCAGACGUGCACUCAAGUCCACACAUUCUCUAGAGCCAUGGUUCUCAAACUGUGGUACGUGUACCACCAGUGGUACGUGAGCUUCCUCUGGUGGUACUUGGAAGAAAAUCAGAAAUGCUGUUCCACUGUAUUUACCAGGGUGUGUGAUUGGAGUGAAGCUAAGGAAUUAUGUGUGUAGAAAAUGGCACAAAUAAAAAAAAAAAUCCUCCUGUCUAAACCCAGCUCACCUGUGAGAAUAUUGACCGAACCCUUUAAACAGUUAAAGUGAGCAAAAACGUUCUCCUUCCUGACUGUCACGGUGGUUUUAGCCUUAAUUUAUGGUUACGUCAAAUGACAAAAGUUAUUGACAGAACCAACAAAGAUGUAGGCACAGAUACACACGGGUUACACACCUCCUGAGUUAUCACCAGCAAGGUGUCACCAUUAACGGUCAUUAUCAGCUCUUUAUUAACUCUUGUCGAACUGUAACCUCUGAUAACUGUUUACAUAAUCCAACCGUCGUGUUCGAGUUGUCGGUGUGUUGUGUUCAAUGUGCCAUUGUAAAUAGUAAACCCCAGUUCUAAUCAGAAACAUUAGGUCAGUCACUUAUCAGUGUCUUCUUGUUAUCACUGAUUUAUUUUUUUUUACUGUGCAAAGUCACAGGGCACAACCAGCUUUGCUGUUGUCACGUCUGUGGUCAUUGGCAUCUAGAUUGGAAUCACGUGACUGGACGUUGGUCAACGAGUUUAACUCGCACAGCAUGUGCACGUAACGCUCGAGCAUCUCUGUAAUAAACCUGGUGUUUUUCCACAGCAGGUAAUUUUCGAUAUGAAAUAGUAGGACACACAGAUUUUACUUAUCACAGGGUUCCAUAUCAGGUUUAAGAGAGUUAGGUUGUGCUAUAUUUCCAUAGUAAGGGUAGGUCACACUAAGUUUUUUUUUUCUUCUGAAAAUUAAAACUGCAUACACCCACAUUCCAAUAAAGUGAUUGAGAAAUACUUGCACCAUAUGGUCAUUAUAGCUUUGCUAAAACAGCAAAGUUCUAUGUUUAUUAAAUGUUUUACGCCAUAAUUUCAAUAAAGGAAUAUUUUUUUUGGGGAAGAAAGCCACUUAAAUUCACCGUGUUUUACUAAAAGAACUUGAAAUGACCGUGUCAAAUGACCUAACCGAACCCCAACCAGAGCGCAACAGGCUCGCAUCAGGUGUCCAUGUUUUGAAAUUGGUCAUACAGGAAUAUGAAAAAGUAAAAUCUGGUAGAAUCUGUAAAAGCUUCAGUAAAUGGGCAAAAUCAAGUGAAAGUAAAGCGAGAUGAUCACAGUCAUUGUCAUGUGACAAAUAUCUGCUACAGUUGUAACGUGGUUGUAAAUGCAGCAGCACAAAUGUCUUAAUCACAGCUAGGUUAUCUAGUAGAGGUAAAAGAAAAGAAUUGUGUGAGAGAAUUUCCUCUUUUAAAAGAAAAAUGUAUAAAUAAUUUUGGUGUCAUACUGAUUUAAUACUGACUCACUGUAAUCAAGAUGUUUAACACAUCUGUGCAGAUGUUUAGCACAAACAAUUGUUGAAUCCAGUUUCAAGGUUGUUUUUGUGCAAAAAACUUGCUUCUGUGUGUUGGACUUUAUUGAAAACUAUGUCAACUCUUUUUCUCGCUCUUGCUUUUCUAGAAAUAAAGAAUUGUUUUGGAAAGUUG